UUUGAAAAGAAAAUAUUCUAAGCACGAUAUUCUUAAAAUUGAAGGAAGAUUUUAUCUUUUGUCGACAGUCCUGUUCUUAGUAGAAAUUUCUCCUAGUGAAAAGACAUUCUGCUUCAAAUAAACACAUUCCUUCCUCUUGGUUCGAGAGGAAAAAAGUUGGAGUAUCUAAUAGAUUUCCAGUUAAAUAGUUUACUUUGUUAGAAGAGAAGUACUAUUUUUGUAAGAGUUUUCGCUUGGAAUAUAGAAUUAUAGAAAAUAGCACCUUACAACUAGGGUUCUUUGUCUUUUUGGUUAGAAAAUUUUCCUUUUCAUUUUGGUUUUCAUGAGAAUCCUCUUGAGGCCAUACAUAAAAGGAUUUCGCUGAGAAUAAGUUUACAUUUUCUUGGGUGUUAAUAGUAUUAUCACGAGAAAAGGAACAUAGAGUCGGGCGUUUCGUGACGGAGAAAAUUGCAACUGUGCAAACGCGCAACGUCCGCGCGGAAUGAUUCGGGGGUGGGAUGACGAAGAUGUUAUCGAUGCGGAAGAGGCUCGAGCACCAGCGAAAUGAAAAAUCGGGCGUGGGCCGUGGCUUAAUUGGUCGACAUCACAAUUGCCCUGUGCGCGCGGCCGAACAGGCCGGGAACUUUCUUGGCCGCCCAGCCUCUUCCGGUGUUGUAUUUUUCAGCGCGGGUGAAAAUACCGUCUUCCCACACGGAUCGCUUUACGUACGAUCUCCUUUCUUUACAGUGUUGAACUUCUCUGAGCGAUCGACUGUGCGGGAAAUUGUUACCGGGGGAAAACUCGGGGUCUUGUAGGAAAAUUAGGACAUUAUUCUUCAUUUAGCCAAGCUAUAUAUCUUUCCAGUACGUGUAAACAGGCUCUGUAUACAAAUAAGAGUAGCGAUAAAUAAGAGCCAAGCGCGAUUAUUGAUGCAAAAUAUUUAAAACUCUUUAAUUUUUAUGUUUAAAAUAUUUCAUAUUUUUUAUCUUACCCGCAGAGAGCAGGAUAUGAUCUCUUAACGAUAUUGUCGUCCCGAAACAGACAAUCAUUUUCCAUUUCUGUUCAUUGGCAAAGGGUGACGAAAUUACGCGUCGUUAAUUGUUAUUCGUAAUGUUUCUCGUUCACUUAUUUUGCGCGCGUAUCAGAACACGUCAGCUAAUGUCUAUCAAGGUAGGCGUCGUCGUCUCCAUACUCGUCUUAUUCGCGUGACCUACGACUUCGAGAUUUGUUAUUUCUGGCACCGCCGUGUGCUUGAACGGUGUCUGGAUUAUAAAUAGCCUUGCCUCCGAUCGCCACGUGCAUUAGCGUUAAGCUCGCGUCGAUUUUUGCGAAAGGACGAUCAGCUCGAUACACGUGGGCGCAAAUACCUUUGAUGUCGCACCGCGACGUGAAUUUUCAUGGGCGUACUGAUAGAUUAGUUUCGUACGUUGAUUGCACACGCGACCACAACGGCAGCGCUUAGAGUUAAAACGAAUUCACAAAAUUGACAGUAAAGAGAAGGCACGAGAGGCAGAGGCACACAUUUUAUCAAGCUUUUACUCCAAUGAAAUAUUUCACCAAAAUUGGAUAUACGCCUUCAUGUGAAAAUUGAAGGAUUGAAAAUUGAACGAUUAUUCAAAUCUAUCCUUGUCAAAAUGAUAUUGAUAUUACUAUAUUUGUUUCUAACGGUGAUACGCGAAUUUUAUGCAUUGGACGUAUAUUAAGAGAGAAAAAAAUAUUUAAAAAAUAAAAUAUUUAUUCAGUAGGUAUUAUUAUAACAUAUUUAAAUAGACGUAAAUCUUUCAACUGCUUUCAUGAAAACCUCAGGUUUCAAGAAAAUAUAUAAUACUUUCUUAUUUGAAAAAUAUUUUAUAUUAGUAUACGUAUAUAAAAUAUAAAUAUAAUAUGUCAUCAGUCCCACCAGAUAAAUAUUUUUUUUCUCGGUGUAUUAUCAAUUAAUUUAAGACUUAUUAAAUCACACUUAUUGUUAGUUAUCAUUCUCUUUUUGGUUUUUACUUUUAACGUGGUUUUUACAUAAUUUUGAGGUAGUUAUCGAAAAUUAAUUAAAAUUUACAUCAAUAAUUCGGGAGCCGCUUGAUGUUAUUUUGUGAGAGUCAAUUACCAACAAAAUCUUGAGUAAAAGAAUUCGGCAGCUGUCUAAUCGUGCACUUUUAUUUUCAAAAUUGUCGCACAAGGACAAAAUUGUCGCGGUGAGGACUAUCAAUUUUCGCGAAAACGCCCGUGUAUCAUUGUACGGUUGUUAUUUCUCGAAGAUCGAUCUGCACGCGAGACACGCGCUGCGUGGAAAUGGCGCAGGCCCCACGAACUGCUGAACGCCGCGACGUCCAAGGCGCACCGUCGUCGUCGGUCCCUCUCCUCUGGUCGGCGUCGUCGACGAGGACGUCGUCGUCGUCCUAUUUUUGGAGAAGCCUCGUCGGUCUCGACCAACACCGUGGUGGGGUUGGUUACGACCAUGGACCAUCGGCCGCGCCAUUUGUGGACGCGUCGCGUCGCGACGCGUGGUCACUUUGCCGAAUUUCGCCACGUGGUCGCGCGUUGUCGCGCGAACAAACCCCACUUGGAGUCACGCCGUUUCCGCGUGUUUUCGCGCGAGCCCGGGCGAGUCAAUCCAAUUUGCGCGUUACGCAAAUAAAUCGCGCGCGUUUCUAAAAAUUGUUUUCGCGUCGGAUAGUCCUGGUUGUCUCCGUCGGGGCCGUUAGUACCACGUCGCUUCUCACAACUAGCGGUGUAACUUACAAAUGAGAGUGUUAUCUAUCAACCUUUAAACGACAGGAUGAACUUGUGGGGCAUAAACAACGAAGUGAGGUCAGCUUUGCAGACGUUGCACAAGGUGUCCGGUAAGGCACGCGAGCAAAACUAUUUUCUAGGUGGACUGUCUCACGACUGGGUCAGCUACUAUGAGCAACGAAUCGAGAGUGAUCGGUCGUGCCUCAACGAGUGGCACGCCAUGGACAAUCUGGAGUCCAAGAGACCGCCGUCACCGGACAGCGUACGCACCAAUACGAGCUUAUCAAGUUGCAAUAUUAUCCAUUUUUCAUUAAAUGGAAGUAUUGUUUUGUGUAACGUAAGACCCAGGGAGAGAGAGGAGACCGAGCGCGUGAUCCGAUCUACGCUGAAGGAAAUCAUGAUGUCCGUGGACCUUGAUGAAGUUACUUCCAAGUACAUUAGAGGCAGGCUUGAGGAGGAUCUCGACAUGGACCUUGGAGAAUUCAAGCCGUUUAUCGAUCAAGAAAUGCUCACCAUACUGGGGCAAAUGGAUGCGCCGACCGAGAUAUUCGAUCACGUCUAUCUCGGGAGCGAGUGGAACGCUAGCAAUUUAGAGGAACUGCAGAAAAAUGGCGUAAGGCAUAUCUUGAACGUCACUCGCGAAAUCGACAACUUCUUCCCGGGCAUGUUCACCUAUUUGAACGUACGUGUAUACGACGACGAGAAAACGGAUCUGCUGAAGCACUGGGAUAACACGUUCAAGUACAUCACCAAGGCGAAGAAGGAGGGCUCCAAGGUGUUGGUACACUGCAAGAUGGGCGUGUCCCGGUCUGCCUCUGUGGUGAUAGCUUACGCGAUGAAGGCUUACAACUGGGACUUCUCGCAGGCGUGGAAACACGUUAAGGAGAAGCGCAACUGCAUCAAGCCCAACAACAGUUUCCUCCUGCAGCUGGAAACGUACCAGGGUAUCCUGGAUGCGAUGAAGAACAAGGAGAAGCUGCAGAGGUCCAAAUCCGACACGAACCUGAAGUCUCCGACGUCCGUGAAGGAUCAGUCGAAGAAGGAGGAAAAGUCGGACAACAUCGAGAACAAUCUGCGGGAGGUCUCAGGUUCGGAAUUAAAGAAGAGCAGUCAAAGACCGAAGAGCUGGUCGCCGAACGUGAAAAUCGCUGAGAAUAUGUUACCUACCGUUCCUUUAUCGCAGUCUUUGGAAAGCAUCGACAAGGCGGGAAGUACCGAAGUUACGCGAGAGGAGCUUCUUCGCGGUUCGAAUCAAAAGCCGGCGAUGGAGCAGGAAGCGCGCAACGUUCUGAUGCCCUGCGACAACGGACAAUCCUACAGUGUAUCGCAGAACAAGAUAGUGCAUCUACCCGCCCCCUCUCCCGGCACACCUAGCGUAAAGAAUAGGAUUAGUAAGCUGGAAACUCAGGGACAGAAGAGGAAGGGCUUGGUGCUCAAUCUGACCAACCAGUUCGAGGCGGCUAGCAGUAAACCGUCGUCGCCGGGGUCCGAUUCGGACGGCAAACCGCUACCUUCGGCGGCCACGACGGCGGAGGAAGGCGGCAAGCCGGUCGAAAACGGUCAUCCGCAUUGCGAGCAAUCGCAAGAGACGCGAGAGACCGCGAGUACCGUCGCGAGAGCGCCUUCCGAACAAGAAGUUUGGGAUCCCGGCGAGGGACAGAAAACGAGACGAAAGGAGACGAGCGAGUCCACCGAGAUCAACGAUAAUAGUGAAUGUCUAGUCUGGACUGCGUCCGCGGAUGCAACGUGUGCUGAUACGUGUGGUGACAAUAAAACUGCUGACGGAGACGUGAGUGUGGAGAGUGAAUGUAUCGCGAGUGCGACGACGAGCAUGACAGCGGCGACUGCGAUGUCGACAACGACAAUUACGAGGGCGACAACGACGACAACGACGACAACCGCGUCGUCAACGACGUCGACGUGUUCCGAUAUUUUGGGAAACAAAACGAAAAAGGACGGUGAUCCGUUCAGCACUCAGUUGGACAGGGUGUUCGACCGUGAGGAAAGACGGGGCGAUCCCGUCACCAGGGAAUCUCCGAGCCGGCAAAGUUCCUGGAGCAGUUACGACAGCGCAGUGGUGCUCGAUAACAACUCGGUGCACAGUUCGUGGGCCACGUUACCGUCGAGGAACAGUUCUUGGGGCUCUUACGAUAUGCGGCCGUCCGAUUUACUCGGCUCCAGUGGCCUGUUCCCCUACGACAAAGAGGAGAUACCGUGGCAUCCGGGUACGGUGAAGCGCACCAAGCAGAAAUUAGAGGAGGGCACGACUGUGAGUGGUGUGAAACGCGUGUGCACUCAGGGCUCGAGCGCGGACGAGAAGAGUGACAGGCUGACCGGCGAGACGGACCCGGUAGCCCCGCCCGAGACGUACAAUCCAGUGCUGCUGCAUCAUAUGCCGUCGCCGACGCCGCGAAGAAGGGACUCGUCGCCCACUCAGGAACAUAAUCUUAAAGUAGAAGCGAAUAGAGACUCCCCGAGUCCGGUAGGCAGCAUCGAUAUCUCCCUCACGUCCAUGCGUCAAAUCGGACGGCUAUCCACCAGUGCCCCCGCGCCGUCCUCGCUGUCCUCCGAGUCCGAUCUGCCGUUGUCUUUGAGGUCCUGCCGAUCGGAAAGCGAGACAUCCAGUCCGUGCGUUGUCAAUACUCCUCAGUGUCCCUCUGUGAAACACCACAAGAUGGUUUUGGAGAAUCUUUGUAACAAGUCCGUGUUCAAUAAGCGCUGUCUGUCUGUGGACGAUUCGCCGGAAGCGGAGUGCCCGCGUAGCACGUCCGGUAUAGUCAAGAACUUGAAGAAGGAGUUCGAGGCGAAGUCGACCAAGUUGGAAAAGAGUCCGGAGACCGCAUGCGAGGGCGAGAGCACGAGUGCGUCGUUGAUAGUACGGCCCAAGAGGGACGUGAAGAUCAGGAGCCUGCCCUCGUCACCGGUGAUCCCACACAACGAGUCCAAGAUCCAGUCGUCGUCCAGCGUCGGCGAAACCAAAGACAAGCAAGGCAGGAGAAGCGACGCGACGCCGCCGUCGUCGCAGGACAACAUGGAGGACCUCUCGGUGAGGGUGUUGGUGGGCAAGUACGAAGUGGCCAAGCCAGAGUCCAGGAAGAACUCCGACGUGCAACUGCGCGUGCACAAAGACAAGGACUGGGACUCCAUGGAGGUCCAUCCGCCGGCGAAGUCCAAGAUCGCGCCGGAGUUCUCCAGAAGAUCCGCGCCGAUCAUGAUCAACAAUCACUCGUCCUCCCUGUUCAGCGAGGCGCCGGAAGCGCCCGGCAGGCCGCCGGUGCCCUCGCCAAGCGUGGUCGUGGCCAGCGUGGUGGCGAAGGCAGCUAGCAAGAAGCAACAGCAGCAUGGCAGAACCCAUCCCCUCGCUAGGCUGCAGGUCAGGCCUAGGCACAGCAGUCCCGUCUACAACACCAUGUAGAGGAAACAAACGACGCGCUCCCUCCCCCACCUCCCCGUGUGUGCGUGUGUGUAUGAUGUGUACGUCGUCGUUCGGACUCUUUUUUUACGCGCGACGCGAGCGCAGCGUACCCCGCGACUGCGGGGCGUGUGUGAGUUACCCGCGAUCGCGCCGCGGGUAACAACGUCAUCGUAACGAUGAAAUCGUGUGAUCUCUUUUUGACGUUGGCGAUGGAGAUUGGGUUUUCGAAGCCAAGAUAAUCGCGCCUGUUCUAAGAGUAGAGAUAUCUUCGUCAUCUUAUUCUACGUCUGUCUUUUUUUUAUUUUUAAUAUCUGUUUUCAUCGUCUUCGCGCUGCAAUCGCUCGUACAGUCGCCGCCUUUACGUGUCGAGAAGAGUGAUCUCUACAUAUAUAUAUAUAUAUACACAUCUCUUUCUCUUUCGAUUAUGCAACUUGCUAUUUAUAAGACGAUAAUUUCGCGCGAGUAUUCGGAUCUUUUUUUUUUUUUCUUACUUACUAAGAAAUACCGUGACAGGCGCUUUAUGUUCCUUCUCGUCAACGAUGUAUCUUGGCUUGGCGUUAGUUCAAUUAUUUUAAGCUGGAUAUGCAACAAUUACGAGGCUGCGCGUCGAGAAGAGGGUCAACGUAAAUUAAGAAGGAGAUAAGUGGCUAUUCCUAUUAUCGUUUUGUCCGUAAGUUAGUGGGCUCGGAAUCAAACGUGCUGAGUCGCGUGAAAGCGUGCACGGGAGUAUAAAACGCGACUUAACGCGAAAGGCGGCGCGGGUUUUUUGGUCCGCAAAAAGAGAGAGAAACAAACAAAAAGAAAAACAAGAAAAGAAAAGAGCCGAGUGCUCAGUCAGGCUGUGAAUGUAAGGUCUGAGCCUCGGGCGCACGCUGACCUUUCUUCUGCUUCGCUUUCUUAAUCCUUUCUUUCUUCAUUCGGAUUCGAAGUCAAUCGCGUGAGACUAAAUCUCCGAUCUGCGAAGCGACGACACCGUCGAUUUUGUCGGGUACGUGUACACGGAACAAAAAGAAAGAAAACGUUACAUACGACGAGACCUCGAGAUAAUGUAAUAUUAAGCCACGCUAUUAGUAAUUUAUAGGUGAUAAUGUGAUUAGAGUGAUGCACAGUGUGCGAGAGGACACGACGUAGCGAAGUGUGUGUGUGUUUUUUUUUUGUUGAGCGACUGUUUCGGAAGCACGAGUGUGAUCGGAAGGGGGUACCGAAGUUCACGAGCUACCGAUCGUUUCCGAGAGCCCUUCUGUAGUUGUUCUCGAGUUUACCGUCGACGGCCAUAGUUUUGCAUGCGAGAACGUGGAUAUGUCGCGAAAUUAGUCAGACAGAGUUAGCGGUAUUGUAACAAGUGGAAUAUAGACUUCUUCUCUCUUGUAAGAUAUAUACAUAAUAAUUUAGUGUCGGAAUAAUAGUUUAGUUUAAAAAAACGUGUGAUAUAUGUUUAAAUGAUUCCAACUUGAACGAAAAGAAAAACGAGAAAAAAAAGAAGAAAGCAAGAAAUCGGGGUUCUACGAGAUCUUGAUUGAGCUUGACUUGUGUCGCGUCGUGCCGCUCAUUCUAGACCGAUGAGCCGUAACACGUAUAGACGUCGAAUCCGCAGUCGGCGAGUUUCAGAAGAGUUUUCUUAGGGCGAAACGAAACGUUGUUCUUGCGAAUGAGGUACCUCUCUCGUUCAUUAAUUGUUAUUAACCCUACUCUUUAUACUCCUACUAUUAUAGAUUAUCUUUAUCUCGAUUUAUUCAGAUCGGUUGAUCGUAAACGCUUGUCAAAACGGCUGACGACGCAGCAAUGAUAGUACGCAUCAGGAAGUUCCGCUAUUUAACUGUCGCGAAUCGCAAAAAGAAAGGAAAAAAAAAAAGAAAAGAAGUACAAUGAGAAACGACAAAGGUUGACACGUUGAUCAUCAGUGGGUGCAUGCAUGUACUGUAACUUCUCCAUCGAUCGACAUGGAGCGUAAUAUCUAAGCGUAAAUAUUUUUUUAAACACAUAUCAUCGACACUUUCACCGUUAAUUUUUUUAAUCACAUACACACAAACACGUAAAAACACGUAUACACACACAUACACACAUGCACACUUACCAUGUAUACAUACGUCUCCAUCGCGUCGCGAAAUUUAGUUAGAACACACAGACAAAAGAGAACCCGGUUGAUCGCGCAUUUGACGACCAAUUUUAUACUCUGACGAAUGCGAGCGCUGCUAAAAAGACGCGUCAUGUCGUAAGCUUCGCGAGCGCGCGUCGCGAUUAUCGUGUAUAAAUAUAUUUUAUUACAAACACGUUUCAACCAAAUUAGGCUCGUUGAUCGUUUAGAUUACGUGUAGAUACGUGGAUACGGGCGAAAGAUUCUGGAAUAUGUAGUAGUUUUCCCGAAUAGUCUGUUGGAUCGCACCUAGAGAUUAACUAUUGCAUACUUACACAGUUAAGUACAAUCGAAUGCGAUUUAGGAGAAGUAUCUGUUUCCUCUUUCUCUCUCUCUCUCUCUCUCUCUCUCUCUCUCUCUCUCUCUCUGUCUAUCUAUCUGUCAUUCUUCCUGUCUCUCUUUUCUUUCUCUAUCUCCGUGAUGCCUCCGCAACCGGCGGCGACACGUCCUCGUCUGAGCGCGACAACGGGAUCACAGUGUCCCGCUUAUUAUUCAGCGGGCAUCGAAUUUAGAAUCGUGACUAGAGUCGUUCGCGAUCAGCUGGAGACACAGGAUCCCGACGCACGUUCUUGUGUCGCGUGGAACCCGGAAAACGCGCGAAUCGUCUGACCAGACCAUUCGUCGUAGGUGUUUUGCCGCGAAAUAGGAUGUGUCGCCCUCGGCGCGACGCCAAGAAAAAAAAAGAAGAAAAACGAUGCGCUUCUGCUCUCUCAGCGUGUUUGUGCGCGCGAGCGAUCUUUUUUCUACACCGAGAAUCGCUUGUGUCAACCGAUGGAUUUGCUCGUGUCAAGUAAGUUUGUAUUGUCACAAAUCGAUGUGCUCAGUUUUAAUGAUUGUCCCUCGAUCCCCGACCCGUCCUUCGACCGCCCCCUCGUCCCACCCGUCCUCCCCUCGUCUUUUAAGUCUUGCUUAAGUGUGUGCGUUCGCUCGAUACGAGAAAUUGCUGUCAUAUGAGAAAUGAUGAUAAAAAAAAAACCGUACGUUGUUCUGUAUAAAUUUUGUACUAUAGUUUGUAUUAAACAAAAUACAUUGUUUAUUGCUUGAGA